AUGGAUGACCUCGUGACAAAUAAAGUAAGUUUUUCGAUGCGAAACGCCAUCAGCGUUAACUCACAAAGAAAUCAUUUACUUGGGAAAAAGGUGAAACAUUUGGAAGCCGAAAGGGACCUGCGACUGUUAAAUUUACAAAUGAAAAAAGACGAAGUUGUUUUCGGAUCUCCCUCACCGCGGGGCCGUGGACUCGGUAAAUCACCAAUCGCUUCUGACGGCGUUGGAUCAGGGACCCCAAUGUCUCAGCAAGACAUUUAUAACUUAACUGCGAGUUCAAGCAAAGAUGAAGAGUCCACACGGCUCCAUAAAGCUUCUAAUUUGCCGCCGUUGCAGCUGGAUCAAGCUAGCCUCAUUGCUACUCCGCCUAGGACCAGAAGAGCGACCUCGAUAAGAAUGGCAGGUUCGCCAAAUUCCGCUCCGCAGUCACCACUGGAGUCUUAUAUUCCCAGUCAUAAAAACCUAACAAGGCAAUUCAGUUCGUCACAGGUGCCCACAGGAACUAAUUCGACUGAAAGUACGAGAGAGCUGCGGCGAGAGAAUAGCGCCGAGGGUAAACAACAGUUCUCGCCUAGGUUGCUUGGGUCAAGCACUCAUCCACCAGGUGCAGUUUCUGGGGUCUUUAAGUUUGACCUUCCACAACGGCCAAGAACAGCUUCUUCGAGCAAAGAUGCGGCCGGGAGCGAGGUACACCGAGGGCUUUUGUUGCGGCCUGUUUCUUCAUCCAAAGAGCAAACAAAAACUAAGGAGGUUAAAAAGGAAAGCGUUUUCAAUAGACUGUACUCUAGCGGCAAGAAACGCGAUGGAAAUAAAUUAACCAGAGAAAUCAGUCUUGCAACGGGCAAUCCAAAAUUUGAAGCAACAAGGCGUCGCUCGAUCUCGCUGCCGGAUUUAUCGGAAAUAUUGGACAAACUUAAGACGUGUCGCUACUUACGAGACAAUAGCCAGUGA